GUACGCUUAGUAAGUGCUGGAACACUGUCACCGUACAGUAGUAGCCUACUGAGAGUAUGUACACGCACGAUUGUGUGCUACGGAACCACUGAGAGAAAAUCCUCGGUUUUCUGCGACUACAAAGGCCUGUGUCCAAGCAGCAGAGCGCUGGAGCAGGGAGUGAACUGACCACUCUGUAGUUUGGGCUUUUUGCUGGUCCAAGGAGGAGCCUGGUCAGGAGAGCGCUGUGUUUUUAUCGUGUGGUUUCUGCAUCUCGUGGAGGGCCUUGGGAGAAGAAUUGUGUUGUACCAUGUGCUGAAGUCCUAAGGAUCCAUACGAUUUUUAUUCGACUAUAUUUUGGGGGGUGUGUUAGCGACAACAACAGAAGCAGCCAUGGGGAGAAAGAAGAUCCAGAUCACACGAAUCAUGGACGAACGGAACAGACAGGUCACAUUCACUAAGAGGAAGUUUGGCCUGAUGAAGAAGGCGUAUGAGCUGAGUGUGCUGUGCGACUGUGAGAUAGCACUGAUCAUCUUCAAUAGUGCAAACAAACUCUUCCAGUACGCCAGUACGGACAUGGACAAGGUUCUACUCAAGUACACCGAAUACAACGAACCCCACGAGAGCAGAACCAACUCCGACAUUGUGGAGGCGCUAAACAAGAAAGAGCACAGGGGCUGCGACAGCCCCGACCUGGACGCCUCUUACGUGCUCGCCCCGCACACAGAAGAGAAAUAUAAAAAAAUUAAUGAGGAGUUUGAUAAUAUGAUGCGAAAUCACAAAAUCCCCUCUGGAAUGCCACAGCAGAACUUCUCCAUGCACGUGGCCCUGCCGGUGACCAACCACAACCCCCUGGCCUACAGCUCCGCUGGCUCCCUCGGCCACUCCGCCUCGCACGGCGACGCCGGGGUGCUGUCGUCCUCCCACGGCUCCCUGCACAGAAACAUGGGCUCCCCUGGGAUCUCUCAAAGACCCCCCAGCACAGGUUCUAUGCUGGGAGCUAGUGAUAUGCCAAUGGUGAAUGGUUCCCUAUCCAGCCAAGUAGUGAAUGGCUUUGUGGGCAAUACCAGCGGGAACAGCUUGGGGAAAGGGAUGCCAGCCAAGUCUCCGUCGCCCCCUGGUGGAAAUCUGAAUGUCAGCGGCCGAAAGCCGGACCUGCGAGUGGUCACUGGCAAAGGCAUGAUGCACCCACUGUCAGAGGAGGAAGAAAUAGUGGACAUGAACGCCCAGAGGAUAAACAGCUCCCAGACCACCCAGUCUCUGGCCACCCCUGUGGUGUCCGUCAACACGCCCAGUCUUCCACACCAGGGACUCGUCUACUCCGCCAUGGCCUCCACCUACAACUCAGACUACCAGCUGAACAGCUCUGAGCUGUCUAACCUGCAAGGCUUCAGCCCCACCGGAGGCCUUUCCAUGGGAUCCACACCUUCAUGGCAGCACCAGCACAUGGCUCAUGGACCACCAAGCUCACAGGGGGUUGGGAAUCACUUACCUCAAGGUGCCAACCUGUCUGUCAGCACCAGCCAUAAUGUCAACAUCAAGUCGGAGCCCAUCUCACCGCCCCGGGACCGCGGCGGAGCCUCCGCAGGGGGGUUCAUGGGCGCCCCGGCCCCGGCCCAGGCCCAGGCUCCGGCUCCCAGGCAGGACGUGGGCCGCUCCCCCGCCGACAGCCUGAGCUCCUCCUGCAGCUCCUACGAGGGCAGCGACCGCGAGGAGCACCGGCCAGACUUCCAGUCCAACCACGCUGGGCUCGGCAGAGGUUCCGGCGGCGCCGUGGGGGAAAACCAGCACAGUCCCUCAGCCAAGCGCUUGCGUAUUGACAGCUGGGUCACCUAGAGUCCGGUCACCCAGUUCGGCUCGGUUCAGCCAUCUUGGAUCGCUUUGGCAGGGAGUGUUUUGUAGUUGUUGCUGUUGUUACUGGUGUUGUUAAUGUUAUCCUUACAAAUUAUAUUGUUAUUAUUAUAUAAUGAAGCUACAAUAUCAAUAUGAAUGUGUCACGUUUUUAUUUAAAUGUUAAAAUAAGAAGACUGUUAUUAUUAUUAAUGUUUGAGUAGGUAUUGCUAUUUUGUACUUCAUUUACUAUUUGUUUUGGAUUAAGAUUUAUAUUUACAAAAGUAAGCAAAACUAUAUCAUGUAGGUCAUUAUUUCAGCUAUGGCUUUUUGUCAGAUGACAGGAAGUCUUGCUGUUGAAUACAGGAAAUUCUGUGCAAAUGGCACAAUAUGCAGUGAUGUUCUAAUACUUUUGGUUUGUAUUUGAGGUGACAAUUUUUUGUAGUAUUUUAAAAUUACACUGAUGUUUAUAAGAAGCCGUAUGUUGCUUAUGGGUGCAGAACAGAUGGAUUUUGCAGGUGUGUGAUAGGUCUGCAUUUUGCCUCUUUUUUGCAAGAUGACAUUUCUGUAAGCCAAAGGUCUAUGUUAUCAUUUAUGUUCAUAGAUGGGUUUUUAUAUAUUUACAUGUUAUUACUCAGCCUACAACAGAUUAUUAAAGCCAUGGACAUUCAGUUGAACACACACUCACACACCUGAGCCUACCUUGAUAGCUUUGUUUUUAUAGUAUGCAUUAUGUAGCUCUCAAGUCAGGUAAACAUUUGUGAAAUUACUGCCAAGCUUGCCAGGCCGUUGUCGUUGUUUUUUUUUUUUGUUUUUUUUCCUUUUUUAAAAAAUUUAUUUUAAGACAGAAAUAUUCAGACAGUGUGGGUCACUCUUGCAACUUGUGACAUGUGGCCACAAUUACUCUGGAUUGUCUACAGUAGCUCUUAAACACAGGUGAAGGAUCUGUUCACCAGAAAUCUGUAGACUUACAGUACGUAGGUCGUCCAGCAGUCAGCUCUCUGGCAGUAACCCAACGGUGGAGUGUUCUGCCUGGGUGGGAGGGUGAAGCACAGUACCUCAGCUUCUGAAUAUCAAGACGGAUUUCAGAUUGGAUGAUUGGUCUAAGAAACACUUACACAUUGAUUUUUUUGUCUUUGUAAUAGAGUGUAUAUACUGUAAAUAUGUUAUUGUAUUGAAAGGAAUGAAUGGCAUAUUUAAAUCUUAAGUGAAAUACAGCA